ACAACCCAAUCUGAAUCAUGAGAGAAGCAUAUCUUUUUACUGUCAUUUAUUUCUUCAAAAAACAUAAAUAUUGAUUCAAGAUGUCUUAUAUAUAUAGAAUAUAUCAGCACUCAAGCUACAAGUGAACUAUGAGAGUAUAAUUUAAAGGGGGGCAAAACAAAGUAAGAGGUCAAACACAGAAAUGGAGUACAACUGGUAUUCAUUUACCUGGCCGAGCGUUUCUUUUUUAGCUGCUCUGUUUCUUCUGAUCAGCAGGAUCAAGGCUUGGAAAGGUGGUAACAAACAGCGUCCGCCAGGGCCUCCAGGAUGGCCGGUUGUUGGCAACAUGUUUGAUCUCGGAUCUAUGCCCCACCAGAACUUGUACAAACUCAGAUUCAAGUAUGGACCAGUUCUUUGGUUGGAGCUCGGUUCUGUCAACACAAUGGUUGUACAAUCGGCCAAAGCAGCGGCAGAGUUGUUCAAAAACUACGAUCAAGUUUUUUGUGACCGCAAGGUCACUGAUGCACUAACAUCCUUGGGCUACAACCAGGGAUCGUUGGCUGUUGGUAACUACGGCGUGUAUUGGCGCAUACUACGGCGACUGUGUUCCAUGGAGCUUCUAGUCAACAAACGAAUAACCGGUACAGCUGCGCUCAGGCGGAAAUGUAUUGAUAACAUGACUCGAUGGAUUGAGGAGGAUUCGGCAGCAGCACGUGCACGUGGAGGGUCAGGUGAGGUAGAGAUAAGCCGCUUCCUCUUCCUCAUGGCUUUCAACAUCGUAGGCAAUCUCACGCUGUCAAGAGAUGUCUUGGAACCGGACUCGGAACAAGGGCGUGAAUUCUUUGAUGCUAUGAACAAGAUCAUGGAGUGGGCGGGGACACCAAAUGUGGCGGACUUCCUGCCUUUUUUGAGAUUGCUGGACCCAUUAAGGAUCAAAAGAAACAUGGUACGGGACAUGGGACGAGCCAUGAAUAUUGCAGAUGGCUUUGUGAAGGACAGGAUUCAAAAGAAGCAGUCGGGCACGAAGAACACGAACAAAGAUUUCCUGGAUGCUAUGUUGGAGUAUGAUGGUGAUGGAAAAGAAGGGCCAGAUAAGAUUUCAGAGAAGAAUGUGAUGAUUAUCAUCCUGGAAAUGUUUUUCGCCGGAUCAGAAACUACAAGCAGCACCAUUGAAUGGGCAAUGGUAGAACUACUACGCAACCCUGAUUCAUUGAGAAAAGUCAAAGAAGAGAUUGACCGAGUUGUGCCCAAUAGGAAGGUUGAAGAGACUGACAUAGAUGAGUUGGUGUAUUUGCAAGAAAUAGUGAAGGAAACACUCCGGCUACAUCCUGCAGUUCCCUUCCUGAUACCACGGAAUUCAAUGGAAGAUUCCGACUAUAUGGGGUAUCUCAUACCGAAGAAUACACAAGUGCUUGUGAAUGCAUGGGCAAUUGGAAGGGACCCAGAGUCUUGGGAUGACCCCUUGUCUUUCAAGCCAGAGAGGUUUCUGGGAAAAAACAUUGAAUACAAAGGGCAACACUUUGAGUUGAUUCCGUUUGGAUCUGGCAGAAGAAUUUGUGUCGGCUUUUCCUUGGCUCACCAAGUGGUUCACCUUGCUCUGGCCACGCUGAUUCAGUCUUUUGACUGGGAGCUCAGUAGCUCUGACACUUCAGGGAUUACAGACAUGACUGAAAGGAUGGGGAUAUCACUUCGGAAACUAGUACCCUUGAAAGCAAUACCCAUAAGUCGAACUAUAUCAAAGUGAAGUGAUCCUCUAGCUUGCAAAAUAAAUCAUGUCUCAAUGUUGUAUUGAAAAUAUAUUUGUUAACUAUUUGUUGGAGAAAUUGCAAAUCAGUAGAAAGUAGAUGAAGUAAAUACAACAAUAUGGAGGUACAAGUGGGUUUGUGCUUUGGUGCUAGUAAGGCCACGCUUGCACCUUCGUAUUGUUACAAUUAUUUUCUCUACUUUCCACUGAUUUGCAAUUCCCCCUUGCUUGUAUGGUAUUAUGCAGACAAUCAAAGUGUCAAGGUUUAUAUGGUAUUGUUUAAGUUUUAUAAUUGCAAGUGUUCUAGUCGUAUCUUUUCCUUGUACUUGGUAUAAAUCUACUUUUGUUUAUGCUAUUUGUGUUUCUUUUCUA